AUCUCCUCCAUCCCGCGCCCCGACGGCGAGCGCUGGGUCUACCCCUCCGAAGCCCAGUUCUUCGCCGCCAUGGCGCGCAAGCAGCACGACCCCGCCGCGCGCGACAUGCGCGUCAUCGUGCCCAUCCACAACGCCGUCAACGAGCGCGCGUGGGCCGAGGUCCUCCGCUGGGAGCGGGCGCAGGGCGGCGAGCGCUGCGGCGGCGUCAAGCUCGUGAGCUUCAAGGGCCGCCCCGGGGAUCUCACGCCGCGCGCGCGCUGGCGGUCGCUCAUAGGGUACGCACGGCCGUUUGACCGCCACGACUGGAUCGUCGACCGCUGCGGCACGCGCGUGCGCUACGUGAUCGACUUUUACACCGGCAAGAGCCAGGGCCCGUCGAACACGCCCUCGUUCUACCUCGACGUCCGCCCCGCGCUCGAUAACUGGGAGGGCGUCCGCAUGCGCAUGCAAAAUUUCUGCCAGAGGUGGUUC